AUGGGCAAAGCCGAAAGCACACCCUACAACUACAGCAGCAGCGGCGGCGCACCGCAACACACGCCCCUCGACCAGAUCGCCAUGGCAGAGCGCCAUGAGCCGCGCAGCCAUGCUCAAGACAACGAAUGCCCUGGCACCGGCACAGAAAACGGCGCGCAGACUCGGACCCAAACUCAGACUCAGAUUCAGACCGCAUUAAACGCCUACGACGGCUCCGAUUUCUCCUCUUACGUCCUCAUUCAACGCCUCUUAAGCGAGGGGAUCCUACGUCCGCGAGGACACAGAGGCGAGGGUUCGGGACGCAUGGCCUGCCUCCAUGGAGACGAGCGUGUGGGUUACGCGGGUAUUCCUUACGUGCGCCCCCGCUCGGACGCUCACGCCAACGGGAAUGAAAAUGAUAGUGAGAGCGAUAAGAAGGAUGCGAGCGAGCCUCGUAAGGAAGAAUUCAGAGACAAGGGUUGGGAACGCCGGGUUCGGGAAGCUAGGGCGCGCGAGGCGGCGAUAGAAGAAGAGGCCAAGACGUAUGAAAGCGAGAGCGAGGGCGAGAGCGAGGGAAAUAGUGGUGCGGUAAGAAAAGGAGCCGUUUGCAAUUCGGAUGGGGAUGAGAGUUCGACAAUGUCCUGGGAUUUGAACGACUCGGAUUCCGAGUUGGAGACUAGCCCAGGGUUCACGCCGUCGGAGGGCACGUCCACAGACGCAGCCGUAGAUACGGCGACCGCAGCCCAAGACGAAGGAUCCGCUCCUCCGGCAGCGGACGACCCUGCGCCUGCGCUCCCGUCUUCCGAGUCUAUUAGCCAGGCGGCACGCAUCGCGCAGCUGGAGGCAGCGCUCUCGGAAGCGAGAACGGCAAAGCGGAAGGAUGAGAGUGCGUCUAUGCAGGAAGCCGUGGCCGCGAGGCUGGAAGCAGAGGUGCUGAGAAAAGAGCUGGACAGUGCGCGGGGCGCGCUGGUCGUGCUUGCGGAGUUAUUGGGAAAAGCGCAAGCAGGUGCUGCGGCAACUCCGACGGCUGAGCAGGGCGGACAAGGCCCAGCGGUGGAGCAGAUGGCGAAGCGGUGCGAAGCGGCUGAAAAGAGCGCCGAGGAAGCGAAACUAAAGAUUGCCCGUAGUGACGCGCGCAAGAAGCGCGAACUACGCCGCGCGCGCAUCGAGCAACGUCGACAGGAUUUCGAGCUCUGGGCCCAGACGUGGGAUGACUAUAGGGCUGAAGAAGCGGAGUGGAAGGAGAAGCUAGAGCUGAGAACAAGCUUGACUAUAUUAUACGACGUCGAAAGGUAUAUAGAUGGGGAGAGGCGGCUUAGGCAGAAGAUGGAUGCUUUGAGGGAGAAGAUAUUGGAAAGCGAUUAUGAAGAUGACGAAGAGGAAUCAGAUAAUGAAGAACAAGAGAGGAAGGACUUGUGCUUGUUUGUAGCUUUUGUAUUGUUUUUAAUGUUGGGGGUGGUAUUGGUUAUGAGUUGAGUUGAG